AUGGCUUCAAGUUUCUACGAUGGUUUCUCGCAUGAUGUUCCUCUACGAUCAGUUGAUGCUGAUGAUGACGAUGAAGAACCAUUUCCCACAAGUUAUUGCAAAUCAAUAAUUUGUGGAUCAGGGAAGAUUGAAUCAAAGUGUUUGGUGUGUUUGAUAGCCACAGAACCAGCUUCAUCAGUGUUUAUUGAUGCCUAUGUUAAAAAUAAAGAAGAAAAUGUCUUAGCUAAAGUAUAUUGUGGAUAUGAGACUGAAGAUGACAUUCCUGUUCCGUUAAAGAAAUCAAAACACAAAGUGUGUGAAAUUUAUCAAGUUACAGGACAACCUGGUUUGUUUAUAUGUCAGUGUUAUAACAAAAUACAACCAGAACAAUCAUUUUCUUGGGUUCAACAGGUAUUUAAGUAUAUUAACUGUGAUAAGAAAAGUGAAAUAGUUGUAUUGUCUACUGAGGUAUUAUGUGAUUAUAAAACAGAUAAACCAUUGUCAGAUAUACACCCACCAUUUCUCUCGGCUCUAUAUACCAGCCAUACAUCACCAUCAUCAAUAUGUCCUACAUUAUCACAACCAAAUAUCAUCUCUAGUUUACCUGCACAGAUUGUUGUAUAUUGUGAAGUCAAUGAUAUUAAAGCCAGUUUUUUUGUAUGUUAUACAGAUGUUAUCAAUCAUGAUAUAAUGACUGUCAAAUCAUUCUUACCAAUAUUAUCAUUAUCUUCAUUAUCAUUAUUACAGGAAAAUCCUGAAGCAGACAAAGUGUUAAAAGAUUCAUUGAAAAAUACUGAAAGUUCACUAUUGUAUUUAUGAUAUUGCAAUUAUAAAAAAAAAAAAAAAUAAAUUGUUUACUUUUGU